AUGGCCAUCAUCGCCAUUCCGGUUCAGCUUCUGAAUGACCCAACACACAGACACAGCGGAACAAAAGGGCAUUAAAAUCUUUAAUCGUGAAAAAAACUGGAACAUCAUAAAAUCUCUCCCCAUACAAUAGCUCCCCUUUGAAAAUGCCAUGAGGUCAUCUGGUGCAGCCCUCGCCGGCCUUGCCAGCAGAGGAAGGGAUUGAUCAGCACAGCUUUGUUCGCCGCUAGAGAGACCGCGUUACUGGUGGUGUCACGUCUAAUCCCCCAAAAUAAUAACUCCCUAAAGAAUGAGAACACAUGACAGACUCAAUCAGCCUUGCAUCAGUUUUCCAGAAGGUUCAAUGGGUGGCUGUCAUUGUGUAUAUAAAGAUCACAGCCACGGGCUGACCUGCAAGCGGUUCUUGGACUGCGCUCCGCACAAGUUUCAAAGCUAAACCCUCUCCUUCCUUUCAAAGCGAGAAGAUGGACAUUGCCAUCCAACACCCGUGGUUUCGCCGUUCCCUCUUCCAGAACUCCCUCUUCCCCUCUCGCAUCUUUGACCAGCAUUUUGGGGAACACUUUGACCUCGAACCCUUCAUCAACUUCUCCUCUCUGGUGAACCCCUUCUAUUGGAAGGCGGCAGGUCUGAGCAGGAUCCCCAGCUGGUUGCAGUCUGGACUCUCAGAGGUGAGACUGGACAAGGACAAGUUUGCAAUUCACCUUGAUGUCAAACAUUUCACUCCUGAGGAAAUUCGAGUCAAAAUCCUGGGGGACUUUAUUGAAAUCCAAGCACAACAUGAAGAGCGUCAGGAUGAACACGGAUAUAUUUCCCGGGAGUUUCACCGCAAGUACAAGAUCCCGGCGGGAGUGGACCCGACCCUGAUCACCUCCUCGCUGUCGGCGGACGGAGUGCUGACCGUCACCGGCCCCCGGAAAGUGGCCGACGUCCCCGAGAGAACCGUGCCCAUCUUCCGAGAGGAGAAGCCUGCGGUCGCUGGACCUCAGCAGAUGUGAAUCCCCGGACCUUUCUGUUGAGUUCAGUGUGAAACAACCUCAAGCCAUUAAAGUAUCGCCUUUCGCUUUUUGUGUAACAUUUUUUGUAUCGCCAUGUAAUCAAACAUUCCUUAAUAUGUCAGCUUGCAACAAACAUUUAUCUUUGCUGCCUUCAUUAAUAUCACCUUAAAAUAAAAUCAACAAUUGAUGAAGCAACAA